GGUGAGUGGACAAUACAUCUUCUUCUUCUUCUUCGAUUGCCGGAAUCCUAAUGGAAGUCGGCCGGAAAAUGACUAAAAUGCUCGGCGGAGCGGCGGCGGAGAGCAACAAGUACAGCUUGAAUUUCGAAGAGACGGAGCUGCGUCUUGGCCUACCAGGUGGAAGUGGAAGUGGAACCACCACUGAUGGUGAAACCACCACCAACAAGAAUGGUGGAAAGAGAGGGUUCUCGGAAACUGUGGAUUUGCAACUCAACCUUCCGUCGAAGGAAUCUUUGUUGGAUUCAACUGAGAAAAAAAGCUCAAUUAACAAAGAGAUGAAGAAUCUUCUUCCUUCCUCUACUGAUCCCUCCAAGCCACCAGCCAAGGCACAAGUGGUAGGUUGGCCACCUGUUCGAUCGUUCAGAAAAAAUAUCUUGUCUGUCCAGAAGAACAACACUAGUGAGGAUUCUGAGAAAGCUAACGGCAGCGCAGCUUUUGUGAAGGUUAGCAUGGAUGGGGCACCUUACCUUCGUAAGGUAGACUUGAAGAUGUACAAGAGCUAUCAAGAGCUGUCUGAUGCUUUAGGAAAGAUGUUCAGUUCCUUCACCAUAGGUAACUAUGGGCCACAAGGAAUGAAGGAUUUCAUGAAUGAGAGCAAGUUGAUGGAUUUGUUGAAUGGUUCUGAAUAUGUACCCACAUAUGAAGACAAGGAUGGAGACUGGAUGCUUGUUGGUGAUGUCCCUUGGGAGAUGUUUGUUGAUUCAUGCAAGCGAUUGCGUAUAAUGAAGGGAUCAGAGGCAAUUGGACUAGCACCAAGAGCCGUGGAGAAAUGCAAGAACAGAAGCUGAAGAAGAAAUCACUACUAGUGUCUUUUGAUACAUGAACAUAAAAUGAUGUAUUUGUUAUGGAUAAGAAGAAGUAAUAACAUUUGUGUCCAAGACCCUGUGGCUAUGAGAUCUAGUUGAGCUUUGCUUAUUUUUAAUGGUGUGUUUGUUAUUC